AUGAGCGCCAAAUUUGUCGUCACUGUUGCAUCUGUUGCAUCGGCACUGGUAAUCUUCACCAGUUUACUCUGCGUCGGCAUUAUUUUCCAAGACAUCAACGACUUCUACAAUGAUGUCAUGGAAGAUAUGCAAGAAUUCAAGAUGCUUUCCAAUCAAGUGUGGAAAGAAAUGGUCAUUCCAACUUCGUCAUCUGCAGUUGCGGAAAUCGGAAGAAUGUUCGAACGUAGUAAGCGUGCCUCUGGGCAAUGUGGCUGUGCCGCACAGCCUAAUAACUGCCCAUCUGGUCCACCUGGACUCCCUGGUGAACCUGGCGUACCUGGCGAAGACGCACCAAACGGUGAAAACGGACGCCCUGGUAUUCCCGGAAUAUCAAUUUUAAAUCCAAAACAGUCCAUCGGUUGCAUAAAAUGUCCACCUGGAUCACCUGGACGUACCGGACCUAAUGGACCUCAGGGGGCCCCUGGACCAAAUGGACGCCCUGGAGCGCCUGGUGUACCUGGAGGUAAUGGACAGCUUGGACCAACGGGACCAAUAGGAGAUUCAGGAACUCCUGGACUACCUGGACCUACUGGUUUGCCUGGAGCACCCGGGAAGAAUGGAAAACGCGGAAGAGGUUCACCUGGACCUCAAGGACCUGGAGGACCUCAGGGACCAGCUGGAGAGCCGGGAGUUAAUGGACAGCCUGGACUACCCGGACAGAUUGGUGCGCAAGGACCUGUUGGUGCAGCAGGAAAUGAUGGUCCAGUGGGUGCUCCUGGACAGCCUGGGAAUCCUGGAGCACUUGGUUUACCUGGAACAGAUGCCGCAUACUGCCCAUGUCCCGCUCGUACUGCUAAUGUUGGCAACGAACCACAAGGUCAAGGAAAUCAGGGCUAUCAGGUUCAUCAAGGAUACAGACGUCGCUACUCAAAGGUAUAA